AAUGCAAAUGCUUGGAGGUUUAUGAAUAUUCAUUCCUUUCCUUCUUAGAUAUUGCCUAAAUUUAUUCAAGUUCUUUUUAACUUUGUGUAAAUAUUCAUGAAGGGCUUGGUGCCAGGACCCAAUUGGCCAUGGUUGUUUGGGGUCAAUAUUAAUUAUUCAUUAUGCACACUUUUGACCUAGAGGGGAUACCCCAACAUGAGGAGCAGUGAACCUCAAGUUUAACCUUUCAGCUUAUUUGCAUAAUCUUGGGGGUAAGUGUAUCAUAACAAAGGAUCAGGGUGUCGGCUCAUAGACUGUAGAUAGAAGUGUGUGUGAAGUAUAUGAGAAAGGAUAGUGGGAAGAAUUCAGUUGAGUCUCCAGUGGUGAAGAGUACAUGCCAUUUUAUUCUGCUGCUCUGCUGUUAUGCUGCUAUUUGUACAUAUAUAGGUACAAGCUGUUCCUUAAAUAAUAUUAAGUGAACAUUUUCUGCGAGCCAGAAUAUAUUUUUGCAGCCAGUUUAAAUUGAUGCCAGCUGAGUGCGGAGGGUGUGAUUUACCCACCCAAUAUUGAACUUUGGCAACAAGGGAGACAGGUUGGACGACCCGAUCAACAACCAUGGCCUUUAUGGGAGUGUGAAGGGCGGGCGCAAGAAGACGCACCCAAGUGUAACUUUCAGUUGUGUUAUAUGAACAUCCCACCCCUGCAUGGAGUGGAAGUGAGACGACGUGAGUCAGAGUUGUACGGCGAGGGGGAACGUACGCCCACCAUCGUGAGAGAGGAUUCGCUGGAUGGGCAAGUUUCGAGUAUACAGCAAAGAGUGAACUGUGAACAAUAGUAAUAAUUCCCCUCGGCCAAGUAAUUUAUUGCGAGUAAAGUGGGCGUCCCAAGGUGUGGGGACAGACGACAAAAGGAAGUCAACGAGGAGACAUUUUAGUUUUGGGAAGUGAUAAACGAGAUAUUUUGAAGAACGGUGGUGGGGGAUAUUCAUCCUCAGUUGGGAAUUUAUUUAACGCACUUAAGUUUGUAUUGAGAAUACUCCUGUGGGAACAAGGUGCUCUUUUUUUCUUUAAUUGUAGAGCCUAAGUGGGGCUUAAGAUAAUCGUGGGGUUUUACUCGAGCUCGAGGGAGAUUUGGGGAUUGUAAUUAGUUAAAUACGCAAGUGUAUAUAGAUUGAUUGGUGCGGGAAUUGAUUUGUUUUAUAAUAAAGUAUAGUACCAAUGCAAGAAAUUGUCUUUCACGUAUUAUUUAUUGUAGUUUGAAUUCGGGAGGCGGAUCGGUUACCCUGUGUUCUGACAAUUUGGGGGCUUGUCCGGGAGUUGAAAUUAACACACCAGAACAAAAACCGGUUCCACGAGUUCACGCAUUACAAUGAGUGAUAUGAGAUUUACUAUUUGUUUACUGUAUUUGAAUAAGUGAGAUGUGAUUAAUAUUAAAGUGUUUUAAGAUUUUUCUCUCGUUACAGAUCGAUGCAUCUAACCUGUCUCACACGUCAGCCAAAGUUAGUUCCAACUAAUGCGUUGCUGCUGCUGCUUUUAGCUGCGUUCGUAUGCAUAGGCGAGCGGUGUGUGAACGCAUCCACCAUGGAUAAGUGGCUAGAGCUAGGUAAAGAUAUAGGUCUGACGGGGCAAGGUUUGCUAGAUUUUGUGAGAGAAAGAGAAGCAAUAGCCAGAGAGGAGAGAGUGAAGAUGCUAGAACUUAGAAGGUACGAAAAAGAGAUAGUGGAGACACAAUUACAGGUGAAACAGCUGGAAGCACAAACCGGUCAGGUACAUGUAAGUAACACUAGUGAGGAUAAGAAACCCAAAAAUGUUUGUAGGACACCCAAACUGCCUAUUUUUCAUGAUGAAAAAGACGAUUUGGAUGCUUACAUUCACAGAUUUGAGAGGUACGCCUCAGCUGCAGGAUGGAAGAAGGAAGACUGGGCUGUUAACCUAAGUGCUUUACUAACAGGGAAGGCCUUAUUCACUUAUACUAGACUCGGGGGACACGAAGCCAAUGAUUACAAUGCUGUCAAGUCUGCUCUUUUUAAACAGUACAAUUUGACUGAAGAUGGGUUUAGAGCCAAACUCCGAGCAGCUAGACCAGAGCAGGUUGAAUCUGCCAUACAAUUUGCGGCACGUAUAGAGAACUAUUUUGAUAGGUGGAUAGAUUUAGCUGGUAUUGUAGAAAAUUAUGCUGAUCUAAGGAAUCUAAUCUUGCAAGAACAGUUUAUUUAUGGUUGUGGUCAGGAUCUUGCUAUCUUUUUGAAGGAAAGGAAGCCAGAGGCUCUGGACGACAUGGCUAAGUUAGCAGAGAAGUUCGUCGAGGCAAGGGGCUCUACCUUCGGCAGAGUUAACCAACAGAUGCCACAAAGACAGUCGUUCCAACACCCACAGACCAGAGUAAGGAAACCAGAAGUGGCUAACCAUCCGCAACAGAAAGAACGGGCUCCAAGUUCUUAUCAACAUCAGCAACAACGACCAGCAUUUCAACCCUUCACCGAGAGGACUUGUUACAUAUGUCAAAAGAAGGGGCACAUUGCAAAGGAUUGCAGGUAUCGGCCAGCCCAGGUGACUAGAGCAUCAAGCAUGUUAACAAGGGAAGAUGGCGACCAACCACAAGAGGCCAAUGAAGAAUCUCCGCAGAUUGACUCAAAUGGUAAGUGCUCCUGUAGCUGUAAGACUAAGAGUUUAGCUGAAACAGUUGCCUGCAUGGUUACCAAUAGAACAAGCGAUCUCCAAAACUGUUGUCGACAAGAUGAUCAAGUGAUUUUACAAUGUGGUCAUACUCUCCCUAUCAUGAGUGCUGCUUGUCGUGAUCAAGGACAGUUGGGCAUGCCUGUCAAGACUGGUAAAAUAGGAAAUACCAAAGUGUCCGUCCUUAGAGAUAGUGGGUGCAGUGGGAUUGUUGUAAGACGCUCUUUAAUAUCUGAUGAUCAACUUACAGGAGAACAGAGGGUUUGCGUUCUGAUUGAUGGUACAGUCAGGAAAGUACCGGUUGCUGAUAUUAAUGUAAACACUCCUUUUUUCACUGGCAGAGUAAAGGCUCUUUGUAUGCAGAACCCUGUGUAUGAUCUAAUCCUGGGUAAUAUCACAGGUGCCCGUGAACCAUCUGAUCCCGAUCCCAGCUGGAAAGGAGAUACAGGAGAUCGAGUUGAGAAGGUUAGCAUCAAUCAUCACCACGAAAUCACCUCAGCUGUUCAAACCAGGGCUCAACAUGAGAGAGAGGGUAAGCCUAGAAAAUGUCUGAAGGUGCCUAGUACUUUGACCGAGUUAGUUACUACCAAAGAGCUUCAAGAAGAGCAACAGAAGGAUGAGAGUCUUAAGCGGUGUAGGGAACUCGUUACGGAAGGCCAACAGAAAGUGACCAAGCAAGGCAACACAUCAAAUUUCCUCAUGCAUAAGGGUAUCAUGUAUAGAAAAUUUCAAUCUCCUAGAGUUGAGCAUAAUAACAUCUUUCACCAAGUUGUUGUUCCUUUAAGAUUUCGAGUACAAGUCAUGAAGCUGGCACACGAGUCCCUUCUUGGUGGACACCAAGGUGUGCAGCAAACUACAGACAGAGUCAUGACCAAUUUCUUCUGGCCUGGCGUUCAAUCUGACCUCAAACGAUUCAUCCGAUCUUGUGACAUAUGUCAACGCACCUUUCCCAAAGGAAGAGUUACACGAGUUCCACUUGGUGAUAUGCCCCUCAUCGAAACACCCUUCCAGAGAGUAGCAGUUGAUAUUGUCGGACCGAUCUUUCCAUCUACAGAUAAAGGUAAUCGUUACAUACUCACUAUUGUUGACUACGCAACCAGGUACCCAGAGGCAGUGGCAAUGAAGAACAUUGAAACAACUACAGUGGCCGAAGCACUAGUUGAGGUGUUUAGUCGUGUGGGUGUUCCAAGGGAAGUGUUAAGCGACCAAGGGACCCAAUUCACUUCAAGCCUGAUGCGUGAGGUCAGCAGACUACUAUCUAUCAAGCAGUUGACAACCACACCCUACCACCCAGCCUGCAAUGGAUUGGUCGAGCGCUUCAAUGGUACUCUAAAGCAGAUGCUACGAAGGAUGUCCGCUGAAAGACCAAAGGAUUGGGACAGGUAUCUUGCAGCACUACUCUUUGCAUACCGAGAAGCACCGCAGGCAAGUUUAGGUUUUGCGCCAUUUGAACUGAUCUACGGUAGAACAGUGCGGGGGCCAAUGUCUAUUUUGAAGGAAUUGUGGACGGGUCAAGUUGAAGAGCCUGAAGUCAGAACCACGUACCAGUAUGUGUUAGACCUAAGAGAACGACUCGAAAACACCUGUAAGAUGGCACACGAACAGCUGAAGAAAGCCAAAGUACGACAGAAAAAGUACUACAACCAGAAAAGCAAGGACAGAAAUUUCACAGUCGGAGAUUAUGUACUUCUCCUUCUACCCACGGACUCAAACAAGCUUCUUCUACAAUGGAAGGGUCCUUUCCCAAUUGUAGCCAAAGUAAGUCGUACAGAUUACCAGAUUAAUAUCGGGGAUAAAGUUCGUACAUUCCAUGCUAACCUCCUUAAGCUUUAUGUCCACCGUGAAUCCCAGACGCAGAAGCCAGACGUCGAUCAGAAGAGUGAGUCAGUUGUAGUCAAUGCAGCAUUGGUCGAUGAUGAACCACACAGUCAAGAGGAACCAGCAUCGGAUGAACUCCUUCUGUCUCCAGCAUUAACACCCAAAGAAACAACGGCAGAUGUAGAGGUAAGCAAUGAGUUAACCCCUAGUCAGUCAGUAGAAGUAGAGGAAUUGUUGUCCCAGUUCUCAGAUGUACUCACUGAUAUGCCGGGCAGAACUACCCUAGGAGAACACGAGAUUAGACUUACUUCUGAUGAACCAGUCAGACUCAAACCAUACCCCUUAGCCUUUGCACUUCGAGACACUGUCAAAAAUGAGAUUUCAGAGAUGCAGAAGUUAGGUGUCAUUGAACCAUGUGACUCUCCCUAUUCAUCUCCCAUUGUGCUAGUGACCAAGAAAGAUAAGAGUAUGAGAUUUUGCAUUGAUUUUCGAGCAUUGAAUAGGAUUACAGUCUUCGAUGCAGAACCAAUACCAGACCAAGACGAAAUUUUUGCCAAACUCUCACAGGACAAGUACUUUAGUAAGCUAGACUUAACCAAAGGAUACUGGCAAGUGCCAUUAAAGAUGGAAUCUAGACCAGCUACAUCUUUCAUAACCCCCCAUGGUUUGUUUCAAUUUUGUGUUAUGCCUUUUGGGCUUGUAAAUGCUCCUGCUACUUUCAGCCGAAUCAUGAGAAGGAUGCUCCAAGGCCUCAAGAACACCGAUAACUUCAUCGAUGACAUACUAGUCCACACCACUACCUGGGAGGAUCAUCUAGAGGCAUUAACGGAACUCUUCCAUCGACUAAGGUCCGGAGGACUAAAUGCAAAACCCAGCAAGUGCAAAAUUGGUUUCCAGUCUCUCGAUUUCUUGGGUCAUGUGGUGAGUAACAGUCUAAUGAAGCCCCAACCCGACAAGUUGCAAAGCAUUAGAGACGCCAAACAACCUGAGACUAAGAAACAGUUGCGUUCCUUCCUUGGACUGGCUGGAUACUACCGCCGCUUCAUCCCAAAUUUUGCCGCCAUAGCAGUCCCCUUGACGGAUCUGACGAAGAAGAAGGAGCCGAACCAGAUUAAGUGGGGAGACAACCAGGAGAGGUCCUUCAGUACUUUGAAGAAUAAAAUCACCGUAGCUCCAAUCUUGCAACUUCCAGAUUGCUCUAAGUCAUUCACUCUUCGUACUGACGCGUCCAAUAUGGGUAUUGGCGCAGUUCUCCUUCAAGAACGAGAUGAGGAAGAUGGUCUGUUUCCAGUAGCCUAUGCAAGCCGAAAGCUGCUACAGAGGGAAAAGGCCUACGCAACCAUCGAGAAGGAAUGUUUAGCAGUCAUAUGGGGUAUACAGAAAUUUGACACAUAUCUCUACGGGCAAGAAUUUCUGCUACAAACUGACCACCAGUCCCUGAUUUAUUUGCAACGGGCCAAGAUGGCCAACUCAAGAGUGAUGCGCUGGGCGUUGGCCCUUCAACCCUAUAGGUUCAGGAUUGAGUCAAUCAAGGGAGUUGAUAACGUCGGGGCUGAUUUUCUGAGUCGGAAUAGUACAGUAGAUUAAGGUGACCUGAAAAGGUAAGAAUCCUCAUAUCAAGAAACUGAUUUGGUUUUGUUGUUUUUUUUUAUCUGUAUAAUAAUUCUAUAACAUGUGGAAAAUGUACUUUGCCCUCGCAAAUACAUUUUUUUUUAAGGAGGGAGUGAAAUGUCACAGAAAAAUGCAAAUGCUUGGAGGUUUAUGAAUAUUCAUUCCUUUCCUUCUUAGAUAUUGCCUAAAUUUAUUCAAGUUCUUUUUAACUUUGUGUAAAUAUUCAUGAAGGGCUUGGUGCCAGGACCCAAUUGGCCAUGGUUGUUUGGGGUCAAUAUUAAUUAUUCAUUAUGCACACUUUUGACCUAGAGGGGAUACCCCAACAUGAGGAGCAGUGAACCUCAAGUUUAACCUUUCAGCUUAUUUGCAUAAUCUUGGGGGUAAGUGUAUCAUAACAAAGGAUCAGGGUGUCGGCUCAUAGACUGUAGAUAGAAGUGUGUGUGAAGUAUAUGAGAAAGGAUAGUGGGAAGAAUUCAGUUGAGUCUCCAGUGGUGAAGAGUACAUGCCAUUUUAUUCUGCUGCUCUGCUGUUAUGCUGCUAUUUGUACAUAUAUAGGUACAAGCUGUUCC